AAAGCCUCUGAUACACAUUUCGCAUUUCCAAUCUCUUAUCCAGUUCCCCCACAACACAACAAAUGGUAUCGCAAUGAAAGAGAAGAAAUGCGACUCUAUAGAAAACCAGACCAAUAUGUAUGCUUGUUUAACAAUUCAUGGCAACAGAGAGAGUGUUACGUGGGAUUAUCCAGAAAACUGGAUCGGACCAGUGCGAUAUCUCAAAAAUAUCGCCUACAAUCCGAACACGACUAUUGUUCAAGUUGUUGGAAUCCAUUGGCCGAAGAAGCAGUUAACAGCUGGUGGCCACAGGCGGAUUCGUGAGUCUGAAUCGUUUUGGUUGCUAAGAGCAUUUGUUGUUAAUCCCAUGGUAGCACAUUAGAAACGCUAUGACACUCCCAACGAACGCCAUACACAGCUGCGAACACUCGAAACGAAGUCAGUC